CGGGGUCAAGGCCGGGGCGCCGGGCGGCGCGGGCGCGGAGGCCGGACGCUCGGGGCCGCGAAGGGAUGUGACGAGCGGCGCGCUGUGCAUUGUGGGAAGCCGGCCGCGAGGACUGGUUCCAGUUCACUCGGCAGCGGCGCCGGGCGGAGGGGGAGAGCGCGGGCCGCGCGGGCGGGAAGCGAAGAGGCGGGCGGGCCAGCGAGGAGCGCGGAGAGAAAAGGCGCGAGCGGCCAGGAGGGCUCAGGCCGAGACACCUUGCAGCUGCCGCCGCCGCCACCGAGCCGCCGCUGUGCUCACUGAUCCGCCUCCAGGGCCACCGCCAUGUCGAGCCGCGGUGGGAAGAAGAAGUCCACCAAGACGUCCAGGUCUGCCAAAGCAGGAGUCAUCUUUCCCGUGGGGCGGAUGCUGCGGUACAUCAAGAAAGGCCACCCCAAGUACAGGAUUGGAGUGGGGGCACCCGUGUACAUGGCCGCCGUCCUGGAAUACCUGACAGCGGAGAUUCUGGAGCUGGCUGGCAAUGCAGCGAGAGACAACAAGAAGGGACGGGUCACACCCCGGCACAUCCUGCUGGCUGUGGCCAAUGAUGAAGAGCUGAAUCAGCUGCUAAAAGGAGUCACCAUAGCCAGUGGGGGUGUGUUACCCAACAUCCACCCCGAGUUGCUAGCGAAGAAGCGGGGAUCCAAAGGAAAGUUGGAAGCCAUCAUCACACCACCCCCAGCCAAAAAGGCCAAGUCUCCAUCCCAGAAGAAGCCUGUAUCUAAAAAAGCAGGAGGCAAGAAAGGGGCCCGGAAAUCCAAGAAGAAGCAGGGUGAAGUCAGUAAGGCAGCCAGCGCCGACAGCACAACCGAGGGCACACCUGCCGACGGCUUCACAGUCCUCUCCACCAAGAGCCUCUUCCUUGGCCAGAAGCUGAACCUUAUUCACAGUGAAAUCAGUAAUUUAGCCGGCUUUGAGGUGGAGGCCAUAAUCAAUCCUACCAAUGCUGACAUUGACCUUAAAGAUGACCUAGGAAACACGCUGGAGAAGAAAGGUGGCAAGGAGUUUGUGGAAGCUGUCCUGGAACUCCGGAAAAAGAACGGGCCCUUGGAAGUAGCUGGAGCUGCUGUCAGCGCAGGCCAUGGCCUGCCUGCCAAGUUUGUGAUCCACUGUAAUAGUCCAGUUUGGGGUGCAGACAAGUGUGAAGAACUUCUGGAAAAGACAGUGAAAAACUGCUUGGCCCUGGCUGAUGAUAAGAAGCUGAAAUCCAUUGCAUUUCCAUCCAUCGGCAGCGGCAGGAACGGUUUUCCAAAGCAGACAGCAGCUCAGCUGAUUCUGAAGGCCAUCUCCAGUUACUUCGUGUCCACAAUGUCCUCUUCCAUCAAAACGGUGUACUUCGUGCUUUUUGACAGCGAGAGUAUAGGCAUCUAUGUGCAGGAAAUGGCCAAGCUGGACGCCAACUAGGCUGAGCAACGACAGAACCAGCUGCACCAUGUACCCCACCUUCAGUUUAAAAGAAAAAAAAAAUCCCCUUCACUCCUACUGGGAGGUGGGACCCCUUUCAUUUUCAGUUUUGCUCAUCUAGGGAAAAUAAGGCUUUGGUUUCCAGUUUAAUUGUUUUUGACCUUCUAAAAUGUUUUUAUGUUAGCACUGAUAGUUGGCAUUACUGUUGUUAAGCACUGUGUUCCAGACCGUGUCUGACUUAGUGUAACCUAGGAGAUUUUAUAGUUUUAUUUUAAUGAAACCCUGAUUGACGCACAGCAGUGGGGAGAACAGCAUCUUUUACCUGUCACCGAAGCCAGGAAGCCCCGUUUGUAAGCGUGUGUUGUGGUGCUUUAUCGUACAUCCAGUGGCGUUCUUUUUACUCUAAUGUUCUUUUUGUUUCCCCCCUCAGAAGAAUCAUGACUUUGCAACAGACCUAAUUUUUGGUUACUUUUUGUCUUAUUGAUGGAUUUGCAAAUGAAAGAUUUAAUAAGGCAAAGCAGAAUCUGUUGUCCUUAAUUAUAUUUGCAAUUUGGAAUUUGUGUGAGUUGAUUUAGUAAAAUGUUAAACCGUUGUUGUGAGGUGUGUUUCAGUUAUUGUGCCCGUGAGUCACAGGUCUUAAGUCGGCUUCUGCAGUCACAGGAUGUGGGGGCAGGGCAGUCCAUCCCCCUCAACCCCCACCCUGCUCCCACAACUCCUUGGAUGCUCCACAGUGUUCACUGCAACCUGGGUGGGUGUGGGCCAUCUGCUGGCCCCAGUGGUUUGUAGAGAGAAUUUUUAUAAAGUCUCACCUUUUGGUUCUGUGUGACCCUUGGGCCAGGGUGUUAUCCCCAUUCCCCGUUCCACAGAUGAAGGAGGGAGUGUAUCCAAAGCCGUGCAGGUGGCGUGUGGCAGGCUCCAGACCCUGAGCCCAGCUCUCUCCUACCAUUGUCCCCUUCUGACAGUCUGUGACUUAGGGCUGGGCCUGGCCACUUGCUGAUGAAGCUGCUGGAGCCUCAUUCCCUCUGCCGAGGCUGCUGGGUCUGUCAUCCCUGCAGGACAGGAUCCCUGGCA